GAUAAGUGAUUUGAAGUCCGACAUAAUCUAGUAAUUAUGUUGUGAUGCUUAGGAAAUGUGUGAUUGUGGUAUGGUGUUCUCUUUUCAUCUUUGUUGAUAUGUUGUUUUUCGCAUAUUGUUAUCUUCUUGAGCAGGAUUUUGCCUUUGUUGCUCCAAAAAUUAUUGGUGGAAAGUAUGCACCUUCUCCACUGGGUGCACUUGGAAUGGUCGAGAUGUCACAAGCCUUAGAUUUAAUUGAUGUUUGCUAUGAGCAGGUUGGACCUGAUAUGCUGAUUAGUGGAUUUCUUCAGCCAAUACCAGAUCUGACACCUAUUAUCCCUUCAGAGGAUGAAACUUUUGCAAUUGAUCCCACAGUUACACCUUAUGAAUCAAGUAUCACAUUCUUCUAUAAGACAUGGGAUCCUUAUUGUGCCUUCUCAAAAUUUUCUCCACAUCCGAUUCAAAUGCCAGAUGACAAUGGUAAUUAUGUCACUUGGCCAAGUGUAGAGCAUUAUUAUCAGGGAAACAAAUUUGUUGGUGUGAAUGAUCCUGUAGCAAGGAAUUGCAUUGAAAAGAUAAAAUCAGCAAAAAGUCCAGAGGAAGCAGCACGGAUGGGCAGGUCAAUACGCAACCUGCUCUGAUCUGAUUGGGAUAGCAUCAAGAUUGAUGUCAUGUACAGGGCAUUGAAAUGCAAGUUCUCAAUAUAUCCUCAUUUGAAUUCUUUGCUGCUCUCAACGGCCGGGUCUGUACUGGUGGAUCCUUCACCACAUGAUCUUUUCUGGGGUGGUGGCCGUGAAGGAGAACGCCUUAACUAUCUCGGCAGGCUGCUGAUGCAGUUGAGGUCGGAGUUUCUUGGUGAAUCUUCUACGUCAAGCGAAAGUACAUGCUUAGCUUUGCAGUGAAAAGUAAUUUAUGAAAAUGAAGAACAUUUUGCUUUGAUAUUUCAUGUUGUUUGUAUCAUAACAUCAUCUGGGUGGUGAACUCAUUUUUUUUAAUAAUUAAAUCGCAUCUAU